AUGCUGCAUUUUCUUCGAAAGAGGUUUCGACAAAUCUGGUCGAGGCUGCCAUGGUUCUUGAGGAGACAUCCGAGGCCUAGACUCGUCAUAAGGCGGCUGCGCAGCCUUAAAAACUCCAAACUCCAUUCGAGAAGAAAAUCGAAAGCAAACUCAUCCCAAAACCAAAACACCCGAAGAACGAGACCCAUUCGUCUCGCCACUUUCAACGCCGCCUUGUUUUCCUUAGCCCCGGCUGUCCCGAAACCCGAAGAACCGCUCAUUUACGUGCAAGCCCAGGACAAAGAAUGUCCAAAACCCAGAAACUCGCCGAGCCCGCGUCGUCCCAAGGGGAUACUCAAGCAAUCCGAAAACCAAGAAAACGGGCCCACGAGCGCGAAACCGAACAAGACCAAGUUCGUCUCGAUCAACCUUCCGGAAAACGAGAUCUCGAUGGCGCAGAAUUUGGUGAUGAGGUCUCCGAUAUGUAUCUCGGCUAGUUUGUUCGGUGGGCAGACGAUUUUCGACGUGCUUAAGGAAGUCGAUGCGGAUGUGUUGGCUUUACAAGACGUUAAGGCAGAGGAGGAAAAGGAUAUGAGGCCGCUCUCGGACUUGGCUCGGGCCUUGGGGAUGAAUUACGUGUUUGCCGAGAGUUGGGCACCAGAAUACGGCAAUGCUGUUUUGUCGAGAUGGCCUAUUAAGAGGUGGAAAGUUGACAAAAUAUGUGAUGACAAGGAUUUCAGGAAUGUUAUAAAGGCCACAAUCGACGUGCCGUGGACAGGCGAGUUGAACGUUUACUGCACUCAGCUCGAUCAUUUGGACGAAAGCUGGAGAAUUAAACAGAUUCAAACGAUUAUUCAGUCGAACGAUCAACCUCACGUUUUGGCGGGAGGCCUUAACUCGCUCGAUGCCUCGGAUUACUCGUCUGAAAGGUGGAGUGACAUUGUGAAGUACUAUGAGGAGAUGGGAAAGCCGAGUCCGAAAAUUGAAGUCACGAGCUUCUUGAAGGGGAGAGAGUACGAAGAUGCUAAGGAAUUUCAAGGGGAAUGUGAGCCUGUAGUUAUGAUUGCCAAAGGCCAAAAUGUACAAGGGACAUGCAAAUACGGGACACGGGUCGAUUACAUUUUGGGAUCACCUGGAUUAAGCUACAAUUUUGUGCCUGGAUCUUACUCUGUCUUCUCCUCAAAAGGCACUUCUGAUCACCAUAUAGUUAAAGUCGACAUCGUGAAAGAAUCCGAUGAGGAUCGGAAAAGUAAACGAACGCACGAGAAAUUCGGCCAAAGUGUCGCGAGGCUAACUACUUCAUGUGCUUAUAUAGACACCACAAAAAUAAGUUCGUGA